UGUUAAAUGGUUUUCAUCGCUCGAUCAAUCAACAAUCAAUUUGGUUGUAGGUCCAUUAAAAAUUUGUGUUUUCUAAACUUUAAGUUCAAUUUUCUUCUAACAGUGUGACAAUAACUGAAUAAUAAAUGGAAAUUGAACAGAAAGAUGGUAACAAAAAUAAAGCACCGCUCUUUGGCGCUCGUCAUGUACAAUGUAUUCUAAUGUUUUUCGGAAUCUCUGCUGCGUUCGCGCAACGCGUAAAUCUCUCGGUCGCGAUAGUGGCAAUGAUGGAUAAGAACUUCGCCAACCCCGAUUUUGAGGAGUACCAAUGGUCCGAGAAGACAAAAUCCUACCUGCUCAGCAGUUUCUUUUGGGGCUAUUUUGUGACACAAAUACCGGGCAGCCAGUUGGCACGUAGAUUUGGUGGUAAAAUAACGCUACUCCUUAGUAUAGUACUAAGUGGCGUCUUGGCUUUACUCACGCCGCUAAGCGUACGUUUGGGUGAUUGGCAACUGCUCUUUGGGCUGCGUUUGUGUCAAGGUCUCUUACAGGGUAGCUCGUUUGCAUCUGUACACACGCUGCUCUCUAAAUGGAUACUAGCCGAGGAGCGCAGCUCACUUGGCACCUUUUGCUAUACUGGGCUGGCCUUCGGUAGCGUGCUGAUGAUGUUGGUUAGCGGUUGGAUUGCCUCCUCCACAUUAGGUUGGCCGGGCAUAUUCUAUUUCGCCGGCUUAUUCAGCAUAAUAUGGGGUUUCGCUUGGUACUUUUUUGGCGCUAACACACCUCGUGAGUGCAAAUGGAUGAGUGAGGAGGAGCGUUUAUUUAUUGAGGCCGCAAUGGUGACAAUGUCAAGAUCGGAUCCCGAACAUGCAACCAUGAAGACACCAUGGUUAAAGAUACUCACAUCUCUGCCUUUCUUGGUUUUAUUGCUGGCACAGUGCGCCUACGCUUGGGGCUUUUGGACAAUGAUGACAGAAAUUCCAUCAUAUAUGAAGAACAUACUGAAACAAGAUAUCCAGAGCAAUGCCAUCAUGUCCUCAGCACCUUAUCUUGCUAAUAUAUUUUUGACAUUCGUAUUUUGUGUUUUAGCUAGUUUUCUGAUUAAACAUGGCUACACCAGUGUUAAUGCCAGUCGUAAACUGUUCAACACUCUCGGAUAUUGGGUGCCUAUAGUACCGCUCAUACUACUUGGCUAUAUGCGUGCCGAUCAGAGUGAACUGGCACUUGCUUUACUGGUGAUUGCUGUUGGUGUGAAUACAGCCGGCAAUUUGGGUUUCCUCAUCAAUCACAUAGAUUUAUCCCCCAAUUUUGCUGGUGUCCUUAUGGGCAUAGCGAAUUGCGCGGCCAAUAUUAUGAGCUUAUUGGCCCCACUGGCGGUGGGCGUCUUUGUCACUGAUGCGGAAAAUGUGGAGCAGUGGCGCAUUGUCUUUUACAUUGCCAGUGGCAUGUACUUCGUGGGCAAUUUAUUGUUCAUCUUGUUUGGGCAGACAACAAUCCAGGCCUGGAACUAUCCUAAAAGACAUCAUCCACAGCCGAAUGAGCGUGAUCAUACAGGUAUAUGAUUGGAAACUAUCAAAAUUGAGACAGCGAAGACAUAACAAGUCUAGCCAUUUUUACAGUUUAAUGCUGCCGUAUUUAAAAUUCUUUUGUAGAUAAUAUUAUAAUAUAAUUGUAAUUUCGCGCGUUGAAUUGCUCUGGUAGCGAUAGUCGCUGCUUUCAGAAACCUGAAUUUAAACAAUUAAAAAAAAAAAUCAACUCAAACAAACACUUAGAAUAAAGUAUGUUAAUUAACGGUUAAUCCAUAUUUGCACAUUCUUGUCGAAGAAAAAAUUUAUAGUUUUGUAUAAUGUUGUUUUAUAUUUUUUUCAUAACUGAAUAUUUUCACACCAGAAGUGAGCGCAUUAUCUCGUGUUAGAGCUAGUUUUAUCAAUCGCUGAUAUCGAACCACAUUGAAAAUUGCAAAUAAUUCACUUUAGACUAGCAGAAGUGUUACCACUUAAGUUGGUCUAGAUAACUUAAGUGUUAUUAAAGCGGAAAAAUGUACACUGUUAACUGUUUAAAAUUUAGAAAUAUAAACUAACACCUUUAACAAGUUUAGUAAAUAUUGGAACAUCAUUAUCAUCGUUCAUCAAUGAAAGCCCAGUACUUAUAUUAAUAUUAUAUAGGAAAUUAACUUAAAAUAUAAUCGAUUGUACUUAGGAAUAUAAACAAGGAAAGCUUCUUUAAAGCCUUUCACAAAUAUAAAAGAUCCCUAACAAUGACCAACGAUUUUUGAAAAAUGUUAAAAAUUAACAAAA